UUAACCAAUCGAAGUUAAAUAGAACAAUUAUAAAAAAUACAACGCGGGAGAGACAAGAUCUGAAAAUAAAACAGCGAUGUCCCCAGAUUGUGUAAGACCUGUAGGUAUUCAGUUUCCAUCAAACUUUUACACUGUUUACUUUGCACCGAUUUCCAAAAUAUCUGCAUACACCGCAAAGAAAAAUAUAUUUAAUUAGGAAUGGACGCAAGAAUAGGCGAAUGUAACAGGGAGCGAAGCCGAAGACCCAUUAGAAAUAAAAAGUAUAACAGAAGGGUUUAUGGUGAAGACAAGAGACCUCCAAAAAGACUGUUCACCCCUGAAAUCAAGAAAUAUCUGAAGGAUUGGUUAGUACGAAGAAGGGAAAAUCCAUACCCCAACAGAGACGAGAAAAAAAUGCUUGCUGUUCAAACCGGACUCACUUACAUCCAGGUGUGUAAUUGGUUUGCGAAUUGGCGUAGAAAACUCAAAAACGCAGGAAAAGAACCACAAAGAAAAACCUGGGGCGACCUAAUAAAAACCUACAACAGCCAGGUCCAAGGCAACGUGGAGCACUUCAGCAUCUGUUCCGAGGACAGUAUCUGGGAGGAACCUGAGGAUUCGUACGAAGAAGACUACGAUUACAAAUUCAACGAGGAUCAACCCAACGAAUCUAACGACCCCGAAGACCAUAGAUACUAUAGCAACAACAACAACCAAGAUGUGCAGAAUCAGUGCUACUACGUCAGUUCCACGACUGAAAUAGAAUCGGAAUCGCACCCAUUCGUCCAAACGAACAACAAAUACAAAAGCCACAUAAUGGAGAAAUAUUUAAGAGACUGCCAAAAACCGGAAUUCGCCAAAAACGAAGACAAGCCUUCCAUGAUUUCCAAAUGGUUGGAGAGUGCGGUGAAUUUCAAACCCAGCGAGAACAGUUAUUUGGAUUGGUCGGUGCCUCAGAAACAGAAAAGGAAAAUCAAGAAAAAUUUGCCUCAGGAAAAUUCGGAUGCGUGGCUGAUACAUGGUAAGGAGGAGCUGGACGCAGCCGAAGCUUUGACCACUUUGGCCAACGCUCGAUAUAAAUGAGUUAUGCAGAUAUAUUUUUAUUAAUAGUCAUCAAAUGUUAAGAGCAUUACUUCUUUUAUACAAUGUGAUGUGGAUGAAACGGAAAAAAACAUUGGAAAGUGAAAGAGUCGGAAAGCGAGACACGGAUGCGGAGUUUGGAGUUCUAGUAGUGCACAAAUCGCAUAAUCGGUAGUUUUUUUAUUUUCUUAUCCCACAUCACUUAUACUUAUUACUACUAUUUAGUUAAGGUAUAUUUUUAAAAACCAGAAGGUUAAAAACUAUUUUGCCCAUAUUGUUAUAAUAUUAUUGACUAAUAGCCACUUAUAAUUUGUGCAUUUAAGUAGUUUUAUUUAUUUAUUAUUAUUAUUAUUAAAAAUAUUACAUCAAGUUUUUUGAAACGUCAGUAAAAUGACACUUUUUCGAAAUUUCACAGAAUUUUU